ACCGCCAGGAACUGCUGCCACCACCACCAACCCCCAUGGCCUACAUCCCUAGUGGGGGCGCCCCGGCCGCGGGGGUGGCACCCGUGGGCUCUCAGUAUUGCGUGUGCAAGGUGGAGCUGUCAGUGAGUGGCCAGAACCUGCUGGACCGGGAUGUGACCUCCAAGUCUGACCCCUUCUGUGUCCUCUUUACAGAGAGCGACGGCAGGUGGAUUGAGUAUGACAGGACGGAAACCGCGGUCAACAACCUCAACCCCGCGUUCUCCAAGAAGUUCGUCCUUGACUACCACUUCGAGGAAGUGCAGAAGCUCAAGUUCGCCCUGUUCGACCAGGACAAGUCCAGCACACAGCUGGAAGAGCAUGAUUUCCUGGGCCAGUUCUCCUGCAGCCUGGGCACGAUCGUCUCCAGCAAGAAGAUCACUCGGCCUCUGCUGCUAAUGAAUGACAAGCCUGCAGGAAAGGGCUUGAUUACGGUCGCCGCCCAGGAGCUGUCGGACAACCAGGUCAUCACACUGAGUCUGGCGGGCAGGAAGCUGGACAAGAAGGACCUCUUCGGAAAGUCAGACCCAUUUCUUGAGUUUUAUAAACCAGGAGAUGAUGGCAAGUGGAUGCUGGUUCACAGGACUGAGGUGAUCAAGUACACGCUGGACCCUGUGUGGAAACCAUUCACUGUACCAUUGGUAUCCCUGUGUGAUGGGGACGUGGAGAAGCCCAUCCAGGUCAUGUGCUACGACUAUGACAAUGACGGGGGCCAUGACUUCAUCGGCGAGUUCCAGACGUCGGUGUCGCAGAUGUGUGAGGCUCGUGAUGGCGUCCCGCUGGAGUUUGAGUGCAUCAACCCCAAGAAGCAAAGGAAGAAGAAGAACUAUAAAAACUCGGGCAUCAUUAUCCUGCGUUCCUGCGAGAUAAACCGGGACUACUCCUUCCUGGACUACAUCCUGGGAGGCUGCCAGCUCAUGUUCACUGUUGGCAUAGACUUCACAGCCUCCAACGGGAAUCCCCUUGACCCUUCCUCUUUGCACUAUAUCAACCCCAUGGGCACCAACGAGUAUCUGUCGGCCAUCUGGGCUGUCGGGCAGAUCAUUCAGGACUACGACAGUGAUAAGAUGUUUCCGGCUCUGGGCUUUGGGGCCCAGUUACCCCCAGACUGGAAGGUCUCCCAUGAGUUUGCCAUCAACUUCAACCCCACCAACCCCUUCUGCUCAGGUGUGGAUGGCAUCGCCCAGGCAUACUCGGCUUGCCUGCCCCAUAUCCGUUUCUAUGGUCCCACCAACUUCUCUCCCAUCGUCAACCACGUGGCGCGGUUUGCGGCCCAGGCCACACAGCAGCAGACGGCCACGCAAUACUUCAUCCUCCUCAUCAUCACGGACGGCGUCAUCAGUGACAUGGAGGAGACGCGCCACGCCGUGGUGCAGGCUUCCAAGCUGCCCAUGUCCAUCAUCAUCGUGGGCGUGGGCAACGCUGACUUCGCCGCCAUGGAGUUCCUGGACGGGGACAGCCGCACACUGCGCUCGCACACCGGGGAGGAGGCAGCCCGUGAUAUCGUGCAGUUCGUGCCCUUCCGAGAGUUCCGCAAUGCAGCGAAAGAGACCUUGGCCAAAGCUGUGCUGGCGGAACUGCCCCAACAAGUCGUGCAGUAUUUCAAGCAUAAAAACCUGCCCCCCACCCACUCGGAGCCCGCCUGAGCACCAGCCCAGGCCCAGCAGCAGCAUGCCGGCUGGGCCUCCCGCCCUCCCAGGAACGUGCACGCUCACCCUGCUUCCUGGUGGGGGGGGGGGGCCUUGUUUUUA